UGUGUGCACUGUAGCUUAUAAAUGCUGAUUCUGUAUCCCAUUUUAUAUGAAUGUUUUUGUACAUGUCACCUUGUCCUUUUUGCAAGUGACACUGUUUUGCAAAGUGAAUCUUGUGCCUCCUGGGAAUUAAGUCAUUCUUCAAAACAGCUGGAGGGGUAGAGAGAAACUGAUCCCUGGGGGACCUUGGGGCUGUGUCAACAAGAGCCUGAUGUGUGCAAGGCUGCGUUCAGUUGACGUGACUGGCACAGAAUGUACCUGCAGCAGAGCUGGAAACUGUGUAUUCAGGUGAACCAGGGGUGUGGAGAGAAUGUCACUUCAUUUACCCCUUCCUGACACUCCAACUGCCCCCAUGGAGAAGGACCCAACAGACUUAAGUCAGGACUCUGUCUCUGUGGGGAUGCCUGAGAAGCGCCAGUGGACAUCAAGGGACUGGCUAAGAUUUGCUCCUCUUUGGAUGGUUAUAAUAUUGAUUGCUGGAGCAGGGAUAACAUGGUACAUUCUAGAGGUGGACACAAGUCCAGUGCUGAGGGUCAGCAAGUUGUAUUCCUGUACUCUAAACAUUCUGAGCCAAGAACUUACCUACGACUUGACAAGGCCUGAAAGCAGCUCAUUCAGAAAUGAGGCAGCACACCUUCAGAAACUGGUGAAUGGUCUUGUUCUUGCUUCUGAACUGGCACCGUAUCAUAACUCUUGCACAGUGUAUGCUUUCGGAGAAGGAAGCCUGAAGAUCUAUUUCUGGGUGAGCUUGGAAGUGCCUGAUACUGACUCCAAAUAUGUAACUGUGAGCUCCGUCACUGCGGCACUCAAUAGUGUUCUACAUAAAACGACCAACCCCCAAGGCCACUAUAUAUUUGACCAGUACCAUGUGGACCCAAAUUCAUUGACUAUUCAGGCGGCCAGUGUACAUGACAUCCAGCUGCUCUCUUCCAGUGCUGGGUGCUACAGGUACAGCUAUGUGAGAGCUGGCCAAGAAAUUCUUUUGAAGGGACCUGAUUAUCUUUCCCCUACCUGUGUGUGGCACCUGCAGGGUCCUCCUGCUUAUCUUCUUCGUCUUCGUCUAAAAUGGACUCGCUCUGAGUGUAGGGACCGAUUAGCAAUGUAUGACACAAGUGCCCCUCUGGAGUCCCAUCUUAUUACCUCGCACUAUGGUUGCAGUCGACAAGAACCCAUCUCUGAAAUACUGUCUUCUGGGAGCUCCAUGCUGGUUGUCUGGAAGCAGGCGAUGUACAGUUACUAUGACCCAUUCGUCCUCACAGUCAUGCCGCUUCUAGUUGAAAGUUGCCAACACAGCAUCCAAAUGAAGGAAGGGCUAGACAUUCAAGGUCAGCUUAGGACACCCUAUUAUCCAAGAUACUACCCUCCAAAACCUCAAUGCACCUGGAACAUCACAGUCCCUUCUCCUGAGUAUGGUGUUGUUCUGUGGUUUGAAGGCUACAUGCUUUCAAGGCAAUACACAUAUGCUCCUUGCAUGCAGGGAGCUUGGCAAAUACAGAAUCGAAGGAUGUGUGGGUUUCGGGUGCUUCAAUCCUAUGCUGAGAGAAUUGACCCAGUCUCAGGCAAUGUCACGGUGUCCUUUACCUGUCCCACCACUUUAACGGGGCCUGGUGUGCAAGCCUCCUACAGCCUCUUUAACCAAUCAGAUCCAUGUCCUGGAGAGUUCCUGUGUGCUGUAAAUGGUCUGUGUGUGCCUCUCUGUGAUGGGGUUAAAGACUGUCCCAAUGAGUUAGAUGAAAGGAACUGUGUGUGCCCUGCACAGUACCACUGCCUGGAAGAUGGGACCUGUAUCACUAUCACAAGUGUAUGUGAUGGCAAGAAAGACUGUAUCAAUGGAACAGAUGAGGAGCAAUGUAACCAAGCUGUGGCCUGUGGUGCGUUUAACUACAAAUGCGCAGAUGGAAGCUGUGUGCAGAAGCCAAACCCUGAAUGUGAUUCCAUAGAAGAUUGUGCUGAUAAGUCAGAUGAAAAGAAUUGUGGCUGCGGCAUUCAGGCAGUAGCAAGUCGCUUGGUUGGUGGCACCCAGGCACAAGAGGGGGAAUGGCCAUGGCAAGCCAGCCUACAGGUGCGUGGGGAGCACAUAUGUGGAGGGACCUUGGUGGCUGAUCAGUGGAUCCUUUCUGCAGCACACUGCUUCAACCCAGAGAGCUAUGCAUCACCUGAGGUCUGGACUGUGUACCUGGGUAAAGUGCGCCUGAGCAGGAGCACCCAGAAAGAAUUAUCCUUCAAAGUUAAUCGACUAGUGAUUCAUCCUUUCUAUGAUGAGGAUUCACAUGACUAUGACGUGGCCCUUGUUCUACUGGAUCACUCUGUGCCUCUCACGUCUCCACAUGUCAAGCCCAUCUGCCUCCCUUCCAGUACCCAUCACUUCCCCACUGGUUCCUUAUGCUGGGUCACAGGCUGGGGUGCUGUCAAGGAAAAUGGUCCCACCAGUGAUGUGCUCCAGAAGGUAGAUAUGCAACUCAUCUCACAGGAUAUCUGUUCUGAACUUUACCGCUAUCAGAUCUCACCAAGAAUGCUCUGCGCUGGCUAUCUUGACGGCACUAAAGAUGCAUGUCAGGGUGACUCCGGGAGCCCUUUGGUUUGUAAAACUGCCAAUGGACGUUGGUUCCAAGCAGGUUUGGUGAGCUGGGGGGCUGGCUGUGGCAUCCCCAGAUACUUUGGGGUGUAUAGCCGAAUAACAAGACUCGUACAGUGGAUUGAAUCUAUUACAUCAUAAAUUGAGUACAUUUCUAUAGAAUGAAAUUAGAGAACAACAAAUUAAUGGAACUUCUAAGGAUCAAAGGAAACACCAGGAGCACUUUUCAGAAGCACCAUUGAUGUAGCUAUAAAGGACUUGUUAAUAACUGGAGUACACGUACAAGUUCAUCAGUUGAAUGUAUUUUUUUUAGUAAAGAUUGAUUAUUAAAUACC